UGGGGCUGGCUACAUGCAUCGUCCAUGUGAAAAGUAGUUUUUCGUCGGAAAUUCAAACGAGAAGAGAAGGACAGAAGAUGGAGGCACUACCAGAGGAGCUCAGAGAGAAAGCACAAGAAUGGCUGACACUAGACAAGAACCAGGACACAACAUCUGAGAUAGAGUCAUUGAUAGAAGCCAGAAAAGUUACAGAACUCACUGCCAGACUAGCAUCAAGGAUGACCUUUGGAACAGCUGGUCUUCGCUCUAAAAUGGGAGCAGGUUUCAGUCGAAUGAACGACCUCACAGUGAUUCAAACAACACAAGGACUCUGCAAGUACUUAGAGCUCCAGUUUGGAAAAGAAGCGUGUCAGGAAAGGGGUGUGGUUAUUGGUUACGAUGCAAGAUACAACAGUCACAGGUUCAGUCGUUAUGUUGCUAACGUGUUCAUUAAUGAAGGAAUCAAAGUAUAUCUGUUCUCUAGGGAGACACCAACACCUUUUACUCCUUUUGCUUUGAGGCGGUACAGCUGUGUUGCUGGUGUCAUGGUAACGGCUUCACAUAAUCCUAAACAAGACAAUGGAUAUAAAGUAUACUGGACCAAUGGAGCUCAGAUUAUCCCCCCUCAUGAUAAAGGAAUUUCUCAAUGCAUUGAUGAUAACUUGACCCCCUGGCCCACCUCAUGGGAAAUUUCAAACAUUGCCCGGAACCCCCUGAUCACUGAUCCUUACCCUGAUGUUAAAGAUGGCUACUUCUCAGCGAUACAGAAGUAUUGCUACCGGAAACAAGAGAACCCUGCCUCACCAGUGACCUGUGUCUAUACUGCUAUGCAUGGUGUGGGGUACCCGUUUGUUAAAAUGGCCUUUGAAGCUUUUGGACUACCAGAAAUAAUACCAGUGGAGGAACAGGUUAAACCGGAUCCAGAGUUUCCAACAGUUGCAUAUCCUAACCCGGAGGAAGGGAAGAGUGCUCUAGAUCUCUCAAUAUCUACUGCUGAGGCUCAUGGUCAUUCAGUUAUUAUUGCUAAUGAUCCUGAUGCUGAUAGACUGGCCUUGGCGGAAAAACAACCGGGGAAUACUAAUAAGGGAGGGAGGGGCAACUGGCGAGUGUUUACUGGCAAUGAGAUAGGGAGCAUGUUGGGCUGGUGGGCCAUGGAAAAUUUUAAGAAAAAUAACAAAAAUUUUGAUGGCUCUAAAGUCCAUUUAAUAUGCAGUACAGUUUCAUCAAAAUUAUUACGAUCAAUAGCUAAAGUUGAAGGGAUCCAGUUUUCAGUUAGUGGCUAGAGGGACAGUCUCUUAUUGUAGCUCCUCCUCUUUCUCC